AUGAAUCCUGAACAGCCACGCAGAGCGGCGACUGUGCCUCUGCCCGUUCCUCAAACUCAUCAAAAUCCGCCGCCAGCUCCGCCCCUACCCCCGCAACAGCGAGCUCGCAAUGCUUUGAACAGGUUUCUAGGUUUUCCUGCCAGAGCUGCCGAUGCAGAUGGUGAAGGACGCGAUGGUUCUGGUACAGGGCUGAAGGACGUCCAGAGACUUCCCAGUUUGUCUGCGUACAACGCCAGCGCCAGCCACAAGACUGGGCUAGAAAUUAAUUCUUUGUCCAUCAACGAUGAAGGCAGUCAUGCUAUUCUUGCUGGGCGAGAUAUUCUCAAAACAAUCCGUGUUGAUGAGGGAAGCUGUACCGAAGACAUCAACAUUCGAGCUGCUAUUCGCAACUACAGUGCCCAUACCUCUGGAAGAUCAAAGGACAACAUCAACAUAUCAGAUGUAGCUUGGGGAAAGGGCAAUUUUGGCAACUACAUCGCCGCUGCGAAUGCCAACGGACCCAUCACGUUAUACGACCUCAAUCAUCCUGGUAUCGAGGUUGCGCAACUUAAAGAACACCGCCGGCAGAUUCACAGAGUCACAUUCAACCCACAUGCUGGCCAGCAUUUCCUUUCUGCCAGUCAAGAUGGAACUGUUCGCCUUUGGGAUCUUCGCGAUGUGAGGAGAGACGCCAACACCUUUCCAAGCAGAUUCACUACCAGUGGCCAGAACGAGGGCGUUCGAGACGUUAAGUGGUCUCCAACCGAUAUCUUCGAAUUAGCCAUGUGUACGGAUGGUGGCUUUGUUCAAAGAUGGGAUACUCGAAAGCUCAAAAGCCCUUUGACCCGUAUCGCAGCUCACACGGGUCCUUGUGCGACUAUUGACUGGCAUCCUGAUGGUAAACAUUUACUUAGCGCUAGUUCGGACAAGACGGUCAAAGUAUGGAACAUCUCAGCCGAAGGCAGAAGACACAAGGCUGUUUACGAGAUCAAGACGCCACAUCCCUUGCGUCAUACUAGAUGGAGACCAUCCUGUCAGUCAUCGUGGCCAACAGGUCGAGGCUCGCGGCAGUGUACCCAAAUCGUUACAUCCUACGAGCGUGACCAUCCCAUCGUGCAUAUCUGGGACUUCCGCAGACCAUGGCUACCCUUCCGAGAGAUGGAAGGCUACCAGACUGCACCAACAGAUCUUNUGUGGCACUCACAAGAUUUGUUGUGGACAGUUAACAGGGAGGGUAUGUUUCUUCAGCAUGAUAUCAAAUAUGCUAAANAGGUUAUGGACAAACGCAACAUGCAAGCCUUCGCUAUCUCUCCACUUGGGGAGUUUAGUUUGGCAACACAGAAGAGAGCGACUCGUCUCAGACCGGGUCUCAAUCGUGACGACAGCGAAGCGUUCAUUCGUUACCGACGAGAUGGCCUGUCGCCUUCUGAGACGAUUGGACAAGGAAAAACUUCCAGUCGAGGGUCACAUGAUGACACCAUUGACGACACUUUCCUGAGCAGCUCGUAUGGCAAGCGGCAUACAAGAUCUCCUAGUGCCAGACUUGGAAAAACGUCUAACGGAUCACCACCAGCAUACGAUGUGAGCUCUACUCGUACUGUCAGUCUCGAAGAUGUUCUGAAAGCAGGCCGAGCAUACAAGCCAGGCCAAUCCGCUGCUCGUGGUCGCCUACCUGGAAGCCCGAACCUGCUACUCAUCCAAUACUUUGCCAAGCAAUACACAACACGAGUCCUUCCUGAACCUCCCUCGGUCGAUGCAUUUUUGGGAGUACGCGAGGUCUUCGAGCGCAACGCAACUCAUGCUCAGAAGGCAUCCCUGUAUCGCUUGGCUCAGUCAUGGAGGAUGAUGGGUCAAGCGGUCAUGACAGAAUUGUUAACCAGAGCGAAUCACCACCGCGGAUUGAGAGUGAAGAAUGAAUCUGGUCCUCGCAAAAGCUUGCUAGACGAAUCGCCCUUUGCCAGAAGGACAAGGAGGUGGCUUGGAUCAACAGAACGCAGGCUGAGCUCAAAACCUGGUACACCAUUGAGUCGGCCACUCAGGACGAUGGAAUCACUCUCCACCGUUCAGCCCGAUAGUACCUCAAACGUUCCUACACCAAUUGCACGACCUGUAAAAGAUCGUCCUGAGUUGGAACGAGCUCCACUCAAGGAGAUUGACACAGACGAAAGCCUUACGUUGCCACCUUCACUGCUGACACCUUCCGAGAUCAAAGAGAACCUCGAGCAACAGAGUCGAGCCAAGUUACAAGCAGUCGAUCAUCGAGGUAUCGAGCAUCGCAAUUCUUGGUAUGGCUCCGUGCAAAACUAUCAGGAAAAGCGAGAGGCGAUCAGCAAUUGGAGACAGCCCAUCAAAGAGCCACUCAAUCUGGAAGAAGAGUCUAGCGAACGACCUAAACCUACAAGAUACAACUCCGAUGACAGUUUCGGUAUGUUUCCAUCUCUGUCGUCUCGAGAUGCUUCAGGGCCUGCUUCUUCGGUUGCUAGCAGAUCGGACCUCAUGGAGGCUGUACAGGAAAAUCUUCGAUCAGAAGGUUCAUAUGGUUCGAUGAACUUGGGAAGUAGCUCAUCUUCUGAGCCUAUACUCGGUCGAAGCUACCAAGCUAGACAGAAUAUUGCAGAAGAUCAGAGUCAAGGAAGCGUGGCUGUAUCUUCUUCAGAAAGUGAUCAUGAAGGCGCGGUCGUAGUUCCAGCUCCAAAAGAGAACAAAGAUGCUCCGACGAGGGACAUACCUCGAGAUAUGCAAACUCUAGCUUUGAACAACCAGCAGAGCUUCACCUCCGAAGCUGAUGCCUUCCCUAGUCAGCGGAAGCCUUCUGAGGAUGUUGAAAACAUGGAAGCUAGUGGCACCAUCGUUCCGCAUCGCCAUUCAAGGCAGCUAGGACGAUCCAGAGAAGGAUCUAUAACCAAGCCAACAGCCCUCGCGCAUAAUUCAGGAAGUGCACCAGCAGUAAUGCCAUCGAAGAAUGCUUCUGUUGACUCGACCAAGACGCCCUUCAUCACAGCCGACUUCUUAGCCUCUGAUUACAACAUCGAUGCCGAGAAGAACAAACCAUUCCGCGUAAUAGAUAUGCUAAACCACUUACUCGACUAUCAUACCAGGAAAGUGCCCGAUGCACAGGCAGCGACUAACUUCAUCUUCAUGUUGACGCCAUUGCUUCCUGAGACUCAUGCACUCCCACAGGCAAAUGUCGACGCGACCAUCGCCGUAUACAGCGAGUACUUCACUGCCAUGGGCUACAGCGACAUGGAGAUCUAUAGUCUGUUUUCGACUUCGUUUGAACAUCUCAUCAAGGCAGGACUGCAACCGCUCCAAGCAGAAAGCAUCAUCAGCACCUAUCACAGCCAGCUGCAACACCUUGGUCUGUUCAGCAAUGCCGCCUACCUGCGCCGCGUCAGCUAUCCAAUGUACCCAUCAGUUUAUGAAACUGGGCUAAAGGAUACUCAAGUCAGCUUCAUGUGCGGCACCUGCAAAAAACCUAUCAACACUCCUAACAAGAUGCGUUGUGAAAACUGUACGCAGCGUCAGGAUCCAUGUCCGAUCUGCUGGUGUGAUACAAGUCCAUUCGAGGCUCCUGCCAAAAUUAAGACGCGAGCUGGAGGCAACAGAACGUCCAUUGUCGAGCCUCCCACUCGACCAACAACACGUGCCGGAAACGACGACGACGAGACUCAACAAGUCGAGACCGAAGCUGCGCAGGUACAGAAGAACACGUUGUACUCUACUUGCUUGCUGUGCAAUCACUCAGCUCACGCGGCUUGUCUGCGUACCUGGCACUCCCAACCUCCAUCCCACAUCGAUGUUUCUCCGACUUCUGUAUCAAUUUCUGAAGGCGCUUGUCCUACUCCUGGUUGUUUCUGCGCAUGCACACCAGGACCCCGACGGAAUGAGUUGUUGGACACUGUCGAGCGAAGGGAGCGAGAGAAGAGUGUACGUGACGAUGACUGGGUUGUGGCAGAAUCGAGAGCUGCGCAGACGGCUGCUACGUUGGCGGGCGGCAGGAGCAAGAGUGGAUUAGGUGUGACGACACCGAGUGAAGAGGUUGGUAGUGGUAGACGAGAGAGGAGGAGCGUGGGUUUCAAGAAGGGAUAA